GUCAAGCAAGUCUCAGCUCGCGGCGGUUGUCGUCGCAUACGCUCAAUUUCCAACAAGAUGUAUGCUCGCUACAUCCCCCCUGCAAAGAAGAGGGACCCGCCUCAGGCGGCCACCUUUGAUGAUGCGCCGGAGAGCGUCACACCCGGCGCCGUCUUGCGAAACUCAGCAACGCCAUAUGCACGAUAUAUACCCCCUCCGAAAGGGGAGGCUUCGGGCUCUGCAGUCGUCCGGCCGCGGAAGAUUGUGUUCACGGACGAAGACUUGCCCGAUCCGAAGCAAAACAAACGAAAGCGAGAAGCGGAGGAAGAGAAUUCAGCCCCCGAGAAGAAGGAGAAGAAAUCUAAAAAGUCGAAAACAGCUACUACAGAGUCAAAUGAGCUUGGUGACUCGAAGAAGAGCAAGAAAUCCAAGAAUUUGAGAGACAGCGAGGACGCCGAGGAAGCCCCGAAGAAAAAGUCCAAGGAUAAGAAAGCCAAGAAGCAAAAGAAGCAGGAUCCAGAUGCGGAUGCUGAGGCCGACGAGGACAGCAAGCCCCUAGAUGGACAAAUCUCAGCCACAGCUGAGGCGGAUUCCGGAUCGAAACAUCAGACACUCGGUGCUGACGGCGACUCGAAAGAGGUGAAAAAGACCAAGGAGAAAAAGAAGAAGAAGGCGAAAGAGCGGACAUCAGAGCAAGAGCAGGACCAGAACGAGGGCCAUGAUUCCCUUGACAAAACCCAAAAGAAGCACAAGGCUAUACUCGAUAGGAAAGAAAAAUCUCUCAAAAGGGAACCGGUGGCUAAGAGCAAUGUCGACUCCACGGACCCCGAUCCAGUCGCAGUAGACGGGUUGAAAGAUGGAAUUACGGAGCCCGAGGUCCACGGACUCGAGCCGCUCCCUCAGCCAGAGCCGGUAAAACUUGACGAUCUGAAGCCUCCUUCCUAUGAGACCCUCCCGCCGUGGCUUGCGGCCCCGAUACGAGUCGCCGCGGGUACAAGAGCCUCGUUCACCGACCUUGGUAUCAGCCCCGAAGCCUCCAAAGUCCUGGAGUCGAAGGGGUACAAAGAAGCCUUUGCGGUGCAGACCGCUGCAAUUCCCCUGCUGCUACCAUCUCCAGAUCGGCAGGGAGACCUUGUCAUUUCGGCAGCGACCGGCUCCGGAAAGACGCUGGCUUACGUGCUGCCAAUGGUCCGCGACAUCAGCCAGGGGAUGGUCACCAAACUUCGGGGCCUGAUCGUGGUACCGACACGGGAGCUGGUCCGCCAGGCGCAAGAAGCCUGCGAAGUGUCUGCCGGUGCUUUUGCCGGCGCAGGUCGGAAGCGUGUCAAGAUUGGCAUUUCGAUGGGCAGCCAGGCAUUACGGCAGGAGCAGUCUGCUCUUAUGAAGGAGGAGCAGGUAUACGAUCCCAGUGGGUAUGAGAAGUGGACGUCAGACAAUAAGGACCUCGACUUGGACGGUUCGGACGACAUGCUUCCAGUGCUGGAUGCUUCAAAGCCGCUUCCAGGCCAUGUCAUCCGGCAUGUCUCGAAGGUCGACAUUCUGAUUUGCACUCCGGGAAGACUGGUUGAGCAUAUCAACCAGACUCCCGGUUUCAGCCUCGACUACGUACGGUGGCUCAUUGUUGACGAGGCAGAUAAGCUGCUCGCCCAGAGCUUCCAGCAGUGGCUUGAUGUUAUGAUGGAGAAGCUGUCCAGCGACAAGAAGGGGGCACGGGACUUCCCCGGAUCCAACAAGUCGGGCAUUCGCAAGGUCAUCCUCAGUGCUACGAUGACUCGCGACCUCAGCCUCCUAAAUAGCUUGAAGCUUCAACGGCCCAAGUUGAUUGUUCUAGAAGGCCGGGGAGCGGACGAAGACCAGGCUCUCGCUGUCGAGGGCGAGCACGUCUUGCCGGACCUGCUCAAGGAGUAUGUCAUCAAAGUCCGGAACCCCAAGUUCAAGCCCCUCUACCUGGUGGAUCUCCUCAACAGCAAGCACAUGGUUCCCCUUGAUGCCGAGACAGAGGCACAAGACCCGUUGCCAGAAGACAAGGAAGCAGACCAUUCCUCCGCCUCAGGCUCUUCCGACUCGGAAUCCGACUCCGACUCCGACUCCGACGCCAGCUCCACCUCCUCCCCAGCCUCCCCAACGGCCCCCUUCCCCACCACAGCCCUAAUCUUCACCAAAUCCAACGAAACCGCCCUCCGCCUCUCCCGCCUCCUCGCGAUCCUCUCCCCGCAACUCACCGCCCACCUCGGCACCCUGACCUCGACGACGCGGACGUCGGAGCGGCGGCGCACGCUCCGCGCCUUCGCGUCCGGGGCCGUGCGCAUCCUCGUCGCCUCGGACCUCGUCGCGCGCGGCGUCGACUUGCCCGGGCUGGCGCACGUUGUCAACUACGACGUCCCCGCGGGGGGAGCAGGCGCGUACGUGCACCGCGUGGGCCGGACGGCUAGGGCGGGACGGGGCGGGUGCGCGUGGACGCUGGUUACUAUGGCUGAGGCGGGGUGGUUCUUUAGGGAGGUUUGUGGGGAGGGGAGGGGGAAGGGGGAUGAGGUCGGGAAGAGUGUCGUGAGGAGGUCUGGGAAGGUGGAGAGGGUGAGGGUUAUUGGGGAUGGGGAGGCAGGUUGGUUUAGCGAUGAGAGGGUGCAGGUUUAUGAGGAUGCAUUGGAGCAGUUGGGGAAGGAAGCUGGGGAGGGGAGGAAGGGGAAGUAG